AAUGACUCCUCCCACUAUCGCCGACUAUAAAAUCCUGUAGCAGGAAAAUUCACAUCAUUCUUACAGUACAUAUAUUCACAGGGCAGUUUUAGCACAGCCAUGAAGUUGAUUUUUUUUUCUAUUCUGGUCUUGGGUGUCUCUGUCGGCUCCAUAAAGGGAUGGGCAUCCGAGGGCGAGGCUGUGAAAAAAGGGGUUGCAAUUAAGCACGAAGAUGCCGUGAAAGCACCCGAAAAUGUCAGAAAUGUAGCAAACAAUACGUCGAUGCCCAUUGCGUUCAACACAUCAUCGAUAAUAUUGCCGGCGGUAAGCCCUACUCGAAAAACCCGCGAGACUAACGUUAAACAACAUGUGACCACCAAGGCUCCGACUCGUAAGACCCGAGAGGCUACCGCUUUGCCACACGCUGCGGCUACCAAGGCCCCAACCCGUAAGACACGACAGGCUACCGCUGUACCACAUACCGUAGCCAGUAAAGCCCCAACCCGUAAGGCUCGUGAAGUUACCGCUGUGCCACAUGCUGCAACUACCAAGGCUCCAACCCGUAAGACACGACAGGCUACUGCUGUGCCACAUGCUGCAACUACCAAGGCUCCAACCCCUAAGACUCAAGAGUCUACCACUUUGCCACACACUGUAGCUACAAAAGCUCCUACCCGAAAGACCCGGGCCGCUACCACUGUGCCACAUGCUGCGACUACCAAAGUCCCAACCCGUAAAACCCGAGAGGCUACGGCUGUGUCACAUACCGUAGCUACUAAAGCCCCGACCCGUAAGGCUCGUGAGGCUACAGUUGCACCCCAUGUCACCACUAAGGCUCCAGCGCGAAAACCCUAAAACCUUGGCUGUACAUUACCAUGAAGACUCUCACCAAUGAUCUGGAUGAAGGAGUCAUCAACUAUAUUUUAGAUUGAGGAUUAGAUCUAAAAUUUUAUUACUUUCUCUGUUUAGGAAAAUGGGAAAAAACAAAUGAAAUAAAAAUGAAUAAAUAAAGGAAUCUAUCAAAA